AUGAGUCUGCAGAUUUUAGACGUGGAAAACGGGGAAAACGGAGGAGGCGUCAGCGAUGACCUGACAGCAGAAGACUGUGGCUUUUUCUUUGCACCACCAGAACCUACAGGGAGGCCGUCCAUUCUGCGCAUGUCCCAGAAAGAGAACUUGCCACCAAAGAGUGUGGGAAAAGCUAUGAAGGUUACCUUUCAGACUCCUCUAAGAGAUCCUCAUACCCGAAAAAUCCUAAGCCCUGCUGUAACAGACAAACUUGAUGCUACUAUCACGCUUGAGGAUUGCAGUGAAGCCUUAAUGGAUGAUUUUUUAUCUUCACCCAUCAGUUCUGACACAUGUCAACAGAAGACUGAAGCUGACGUGAGCAACACAGUGCUAAACACACAAAUGCCAGAGAAGGUCAGUGCAGCUCCCUACCCGGAUGAUGAGAUGCCAGUGAAGAGUCGAGGUUCCUACAAUCUUGAUUUUGAUAACUUAAAUGACAUCAAUCCUUUUCAAAGUUCAGUGCAGUUGCAGCAUUCUCCUGGAAAUCUGCAGAAAUCUCUUGUCAGGGUAUCUAGCAGCCCUGAGAAGACUGAAAAAAAUAAUGAUACUCUUUUGCUGGAUGAUACACCUCCUUUUGCUUCAACCACAGCAAGCACAGAGUGCUUGAGUGAAGAUGAGAAGACUCUUUCUUUUGGGAAGGAACCUGUAGUGGGAGAGCUGGAGUCCAACAAAUCCAAGCUGUCUCCUCAGCAAGCAGUCAGUGACUCUGUACAGGAUGUGAAGUCUGCUUCCACAGAUGUGAGACAAAUGGAUCGUUCAGUGGGAAUAGCAGAAGCACCUACGCCUCCUGGACAGUUGUCUGGCAGCUUGGGACCCAGUAGUUCUGAUGUAACUAAGCCUUCUAAAACAGGGGAGUUGAAGCUUCAGAAUGUUUUAGCAGCAGAAAAAGCCUCUGUAGAAGAGUCAAAGCCUGCAGAAGAGUUGGCUGUCCCCAAAGGGGCACCUGCAGAAAAGCCUGAUGUCACCAAGGCUGGAUCAGUAAAACUGGAAUUUGACUUUGAUAGUACCACUGCUAGAAAGCCACCUCCUAAGAAACUAGGUAAAAGACCUGGAAUUAAGCCACCUUCCAAAAAAAUGCCUAUUACCAAAACAAAACCAGAAAAUACUGAAGUGCAGGAUAAAAGUAAUGUGGAAGAUGAAAUCCCUGUUCCCAAAGCAUCUUAUAAAUUCGACUGGGACAAACUUGAUGAUCCAAACUUUAAUCCAUUUGGAGGAGGCUCUAAAAUUUCCAGCUCACCCAAGUGUUCUAAACCUAGCCCUGAGAAAGUUCACCAACAAGAGCAGCAGGACAGUAGCCCAUCAAGAAAGGAACCUCUUCCAGGGGACCAGGGUAACACACCAAGUACCUGUGAAAACGUUGAGAGAAGAGAACCCAAAAAUCUGGAUAUCAGCAAACAGACAGUGGUAGAAGACAAGCCAGGAACUCGAGAGGACAAGCCAGCAGUUCAAGCAGCAGCUGGGCUUCCAGGAGAGAUAACCAAGGAGAAGAAAAUGAGCCCAUCUGAAAUGUCUCCAGCUAAUGUCCCCUCUCAAGAUAAUUUGGUUUCCACUGACAGUGGAGAAAAGUCAGUGCCUGCAGAAGAAGUUGAACCUAGUUCCCACAGAACUGAAAUAGCAGCAGUUGAGCAGGCAGCUAGCAGUGAACCUGAGGAGCAGUUCAGGCCGUUGUCAGAAGUUCUAGGAAUGGGCACAGAAAUAGACUAUCUGGAACAGUUUGGGUCUUCUUCAUUCAAAGAAUCUGUCUUGAGGAAGCAGUCACUGUAUCUGAAGUUUGACCCUCUGUUAAGAGACAGUCCAAGAAAACCAAUUUCUGGUACUACUGAGACAAACAUGGACAUCAUGAUGGCUGCACUGCCACCUGGGCCUGUGGCUGAUCUAAGUAAACUGUUCAAGGAGGCUGAAAAACCUGCAGUGAGUCUUCAAAAUGAAGAAAAACCAAAAGGACUGGAUCUUCUGGGAACAUUUACAACUUCUGACACAGAUCUUCCAGUUCCAGGCUCCCUGAAUAGUGAGGUUCCUCCAGUCCCUUGUGCUGUUUCUGCAAACACUGCAGUGGAUGCUAUUAUAGAUGUGCUGAAGUAUAGCCAGAAAGACAUGGAUGCAGCUGUUGAGCUGGUUAAGAGAGAGGUUCAAGAGAAACAGUUGGAGAUUCAGGAAUGGGAAAAGAAGUAUGAUAAGCUUCAUAUGAAAUACAAGGAGAUGGGAGAAAUAGUUGCUGAGUUUGAAGGUACAAUAACACAAAUAAUGGAGGAUUCUCAGAAGCAGAAGGAAUUGUCAAAGAAAGAAAUGCAGAGGGUGCUGGAAGAGAAGCAACAAGUUAUUUCAGAUCUGAACUCCAUGGAAAAAUCUUUCUCUGAACUCUUCAAACGAUUUGAAAAACAGAAGGAAGUGCUGGAGGGUUACCGCAAGAAUGAAGAAGCUCUGAAAAAAUGUGCUGAAGAAUACCUGGCUAGAAUUAAAAAAGAGGAGCAGAGAUAUCAGGCAUUGAAGGCACAUGCUGAAGAAAAGCUGCAGCAAGCAAAUGAGGAAAUUGCCCAGGUACGAAGCAAAGCCAAAUCUGAGACUGCAGCUCUACAAGCCAGUCUCCGCAAGGAACAGAUGAGGAUCCAGUCUUUAGAGAAGAGCCUUGAACAAAAGACUAAAGAAAAUGAUGAACUAACGAAAAUCUGUGAUGACUUGAUCUUGAAGAUGGAAAAAAUCUGA